AUGGCAGUGACCGCACCGCAUGACAAAAACGUUUCGAUCAUCGGUUCCGACGACGUUACCACUUGCAUCAUUCUCGUACUCCGACAUACCGGUUCUGGUGCUGUGGGUUUUGCUCAUCUAGACGGUUCGUGUACCGAGGAAUGUGUGGUGAACAUGGUGCAUAGGAUUCAAGAGCUGUCCAUGGGCUUCCCGGACGGUCGGCUGGAAAUGUCUUUGAUUGGCGGAUUUACUCACGUGUUGCGUUAUGGAGAACAAGUGUUUUAUAGUCUGAUGGUUGCUGUUCACAAACAUCAAACUGAAAUCGAACUUGUGCUCGCGUGUGUUGGAGAACUCAACACCAUUAUGCGGAACAACGUCCACUGGCCCUUGCUUUACGGAGCGGGAGUUAUGGUCAAGAGCGGUGAAGUGUUUCCGGCCAACUUUCCUGACAAAGGGCCCGAACAACCUUUGAGGCUAGCUCGGCUGUUCACAGGCCUGCAACCGGUGUUGGACGUGUAUGACUGCAGCUUGGGUCUCUUGAGAAUCGGACCGUUCAACUACGAGCCUAUGCGCAGUGUCGACUUGUGGCUCCAGCAGUCCGACGAAUUCAUUCUGCAAGCUUUGUCGACUACUCCCGACGUUGAACCACCGCACACAGUCAUGGCCAUACGAGCCUCUCUGAAAUAUGUCCAAGAUCAUCCGUUUCCAGCGGUUACGGUGUUCAGGGAUAAUCGACCGUUAUACUAUAGACGAGAUGAACACUCUGGCACGUGGACUCCAUUUCGCUAUUAA